AUGACAAUACCAAUCCGGCCGACGCAAUGGCAACAUUCGCGACCCGGCGGGAAAGUGCUCAUAGCUGCUGCAAAUGCUGCAGCUCUGGGAACAGCAGCCUUUGUGAAGCUGUCAGAAAAAGAUAACGAAGGGACUGAGCAGACAGCUGAGGGUCGCAUGCUCGAAGUUUCGAGGCAAGAGAUAGACAAGAAGAAGGUUAAGGAUGGCCGUGGCUUCUCCAAAUUGGGACACAAUGUCAUCUACUAUCUCGAUGUGUAUUUGUGGGAACCCCUGUGUACUGGCUUGCGUUUCCUCCAUCUGGCAAUUAUCUUCGUUCCAGUCAUUAUCGCUGUCCCUGCGAUAUGGGUUGGCCGUCGACAACCAGAUCGUCACAACGAGAGAAGCGGAACUCUUUGGUGGUAUGGUUUCUUGGUCAAAGGCAUGGAAUGGGCAGGACCUGCUUUCAUCAAGUUGGGCCAAUGGGCUGCUUCACGAACCGACAUCUUCCCCAACGAGAUGUGCGACAUCAUGUCGAAACUACACUCAAAUGCCCCCGCACACCCCAUGCAUGCCACGAGGAAGACAAUAGAAGCCGCCUUUGAUGGGCGCCACUUUGAUGAAAUAUUUGAGGAAUUCGACGAGGAACCGCUUGGAGUCGGUGCCAUUGCCCAGGUCUAUAAAGCCAAGCUCAAGCCGGACCUAGCGGCACCAGCCGACAUAGACGUCUUUGAUUCCCCAGUCAACAUCAGCAAACACGUCCGCCGAAGCGUGACCACUGUCCUUAAAAGCACGCCGAAGCGGGUUCCGUCCUCCUAUGUAGCCAUCAAGGUCUUGCACCCACGGGUGGAGAGGACAGUACGGCGCGAUCUUCGCAUUAUGAACUUCUUCGCGUCAGCUCUGAACACAAUUCCCACCAUAGAGUGGCUGUCCCUCCCCGACGAGGUAGUCCAGUUCGGUGAAAUGAUGAGGCUGCAACUAGACUUGCGCAUAGAAGCCGCUAAUCUCGCCAAGUUCCGGAAGAACUUCAAAGAUCGCACGACGGCUUGGUUUCCGUUUCCGUACCUCGAGUUCACAACUCGCAAUGUUUUGAUCGAAGAAUUCGCUCAGGGAAUUCCCCUGGCUGACUUCCUGGAGAAUGGUGGGGGGGUCUUCCAAAAAGACAUAGCCCAAGAGGGCCUCGAUGCCUUCCUCCGUAUGCUGCUCCUCGAUAACUUUAUUCAUGCCGAUCUGCACCCAGGGAACAUUAUGGUACGUUUUUAUGAGACGCAGAAGCCUGACUUGCCACGUUUAAGUCGUCGCGAUGCGGAAACAUUACAACCGCAGGACCAACCUGAUGUCACAGAGCAAGUUCUUGAACGGCUGCGGCCCUACCGCAAGCGCAGAGACAAAUCUGCUUGGGAGGCUGAACUCAAGAAGAUCGAUGCCGAGGGUUACCGCCCACAGUUGGUCUUUAUUGAUACCGGUCUUGUAACUGAGCUCAACACUACUAACCGCCAGAACUUCCUCGAGUUAUUCAAGGCGGUCGCCGAAUUUGAUGGGUACAAGGCGGGUCAUUUAAUGUGCGAACGCUGCCGACAACCUGAUGCUGUAUUGGAUAAGGAGAUAUUCGCGCUCAAAAUGCAGCAUCUCGUCCUCAACGUCAAGAGCAGCACACUAGCGCUGGGAAAUGUCAAGAUUGGUGACAUCCUGCAGCAAGUGCUCAGCAUGGUGCGAGGGCAUCACGUGAGAAUUGAGGGCGACUUCGUCAACGUGGUUAUCAGCAUACUUUUACUCGAGGGCAUUGGCCGAAGUCUCGAUCCCGACGUCGACUUACUCAGUAGCAGUUUGCCCAUACUGAGAGAGUUGGGUGCCAAAGGUGGCGCCUCCAUGAUGAAGAAGGGUGACUUCUCUAUGCUGUUUGUGUGGGCUGGUUUGGAGGCGCGUCGGUUCAUGCAAGCUAGCAUUGAAGAUGUCGAGAGAUGCGUCAAGUACGACUUAUUGUCGCCGAAUGUGUAA